AUGUCAUUAGACUGGGACUAUUUUGCCAGGUGAGGGCGGAAGGAUAUAGUCUCAGCUUUGACGCGAGACAGUGCCGGUUCAGGUGUUAGUACAUGUUGCGAUAUUUCGUUGACAAUCAUCACUCUUACAAACUCGCUCUCGAAGUGGGAGGAGCUCUAACAGACUGACUGACGUAAAGAGGCAUAAUGGACGGGGGUAAGAAGGUGUGGGUCCCCCACCCUACAGAGGGCUUCAAGCUGGGACGAAUCACAGACAUUGGAUCUGACUCCAUCUCCAUCGAGCCAUUUGAUGCUCCAGGAACUACAAUCAAUGCAAUAUACGACCGUACAUUUCCUGCUGAGGAGUAUGACAACAAAGACUGUGAGGAUAACUGUGCAUUGAUGUACUUGAAUGAAGCCACUCUCCUAAAUAACAUCAGGAUACGAUACAUGAAGAAUCAGAUCUAUACCUACACAGCCAACAUUUUAAUUGCCAUCAAUCCAUACUAUGAGAUUCCCGAUCUGUACUCAUCACAGACCAUCAAGUCCUACACUGGGAAGUCCCUUGGAGUGCUGCCUCCUCAUGUGUAUGCUAUUGCUGACAAGGCCUACCGUGACAUGAAGGUUUUGAAGCUAAGUCAGUCGGUAAUCGUGAGUGGAGAGUCUGGUGCAGGGAAGACUGAGUCCACCAAAUAUAUCCUGAAAUACCUUACAGAGUGCUGGGGAACCAAGGCUGGACCCAUUGAACAGAGAAUCCUCGAGUCCAACCCACUCCUGGAAGCGUUUGGUAAUGCCAAGACAGUCAGAAACAACAACAGUAGUAGAUUUGGCAAAUUUGUGGAAAUCCAUUUUGAUGCAAAGUCAGCCGUGUGUGGUGGAUACAUCUCACAUUACCUGCUUGAAAAAUCCCGCAUCUGCACCCAGAGCAAGGAGGAGAGGAACUACCACAUCUUCUACCGCCUGUGUGCUGGUGCUCCUGACAAGAUGAAGGAAGAGCUUCAGUUGGCCCCACCAGAUCAGUUUCAGUAUUUGAAGAAAGGCUGCUCCCAGUACUUUGCUUCCCGUCAGUCUGACAAGGCCAUGAAUGCAAAUCGGAAAAGUCAACAGUACCUGAAACUUGGCAGUCUCCAUGACCCUAUCCUGGAUGAUGUCCGUGACUUCACUGUGUGCUCGGAGGCCAUGACGAAGAUGGGGAUCACAGACGCUGACAAGAACAACAUCUUCCGUCUAGUGGCUGCAGUGCUCCACCUAGGCAAUAUUACCUUUGAAGACAACCAAGAGGAUACCAAGGGUGGAUGUGUGGUUGAAAAGCCAACAGAAAAAUCUCUCUUGAUUGCUGCCCAUCUGCUUGAGGUGGACAAGGAAGAGCUGAAAGAUGCACUGACCAGUCGAGUGAUGCAAGCCACUCGUGGGGGCACCAAGGGGACGGCCAUCAAGGUUCCACUGAAAAUGUUUGAGGCUGCCAGUGCAAGAGAUGCCCUGUCAAAGGUUGUCUAUUCCAAGAUGUUUGACUACAUUGUGGAUCAAGUAAACAAGUCCAUCCCCUUUACUUCCUCUGCUAACUACAUUGGAGUCCUGGAUAUAGCUGGCUCCGAGUACUUCCAGGUGAACAGUUUUGAGCAGUUCUGCAUCAACUAUUGUAAUGAGAAGCUGCAGCAGUUCUUCAAUGAGAGGAUCCUGAAGGAGGAACAAAUUCUGUAUGAGAAAGAGGGUCUCAAUGUGAAGAAGAUCAACUGGACGGACAACCAGGACUGCAUUGAUUUGAUUGAAGGUAAAAGCACUGGUAUCUUUGACCUUCUGGAUGAGGAAAGCAAAUUGCCUACACCAAAACCCGACCACUUCACUCAUGAGGUGCAUGGUCGCAACAAGAAUCACUUCCGGCUAAGUGUUCCUCGAAAGUCGAAGCUUAAGUCUCAUCGAGAAGUGAAAGAUGACCAAGGUUUCCUGAUCAAACACUUUGCUGGUGCUGUCUGCUACCACACGGUUCAGUUUAUUGAGAAGAACAAUGAUGCUCUGCAUGCAUCCUUGCAGUUUCUAGUCCAAGAAAGUAAGAAUGCCUUGCUUAGAAAGUUGUUUGAGGGCAUGGAGGUUACCUCUGGGAAACUUGCCUUCAUAAGUGUCGGAAACAAGUUCCGAAAACAACUGACUGUUUUGAUGGACAAGCUUCGAAGCACAGGGACCAACUUCAUCCGGUGUAUCAAGCCUAACAGCAAGAUGGUGGACCACAUGUUUGAAGGGGGUAUGAUUCUCAGCCAGCUCCAGUGUGCAGGUAUGAUCUCGGUGCUGGACCUCAUGCAGCAAGGCUACCCAUCCCGCACCCAGUUCUCUGAGCUGUACAACAUGUACAAGAAGUACCUGCCUCCAGAGCUAUCCCGACUUGAUCCACGACUCUUCUGCAAGUCACUCUUCAGAGCUCUUGGUCUGGAUGAAAAUGAUUUCAAGUUUGGUUUGACCAAGGUCUUCUUCCGACCAGGGAAAUUUGCAGAGUUUGAUCAGAUUCUGAAAAGUGAUCCAGAAAAUUUAGCUGAGUUGGUGAAGAAGGUGAAGAGGUGGUUGCUGUGUUCACGCUGGAGAAAGGCACAGUGGUGUGCUCUAUCAGUCAUUAAAUUGAAAAACAAGAUAAAUUAUCGUCGUGACAUGCUGGUGAGAGUGCAGAAAAUAUUUCGGAUGUGGGCAUGUAGUCGCGAGUUCAAACCCAAGAUGGCCAUCUUAGUGAAGCUGAAGUCCUCCUCUGAGCAACUGACAAUGAUGGCCCAGAUUGUCUCCCAGUUCAAGAAAGAGAAAGAGCAGGCUUCAAAACAAGUGAAGGACAUUGAGAACUCGCUGAGUGGUUUCAUUAAGAAGAUCAGGAGCACUGACAUGACACGUGAGCAACUCAACACUGAUUACAGUCGGUUCAUUGCCUCCAUGGACCAGAUGCUCCUUGAACUGAAAAAAAAGUUGGAGCAGCAGAAGAUUGCAGAGGAACAGGAGAGACUGCGCAAAAUACAGGAGGAAAUGGAGAGAGAGAAAAAGGAAAAGGAAGAAGAAGAAAGGAAGCGGAAAGAAGAAGAACUACAACGAAAACAGAAGGCCGAAAUGGAGGCUCGCAGAAAGAAGGAGGAAGAAGAGAGGAAGAAACAAGAGGAAGAGGACAGGAAAGCUGCUGCCAUCCUGCAAAAACAGUUGGAAGAGGAAGCUAAGGCUAAUGCAGAAAGACAGCAGAUGCUGGAUCAGGAGCACCGUGACCGGGAACUGGCUCUACGUCUGGCAAUGGAGGAUCAGAAUGAGGUUGAGGACAUACAGCUUCCCCCUCCCCUACAGAGAUCAGCUGAAGCGGUUGCCAGGCGACAGGCUGCUGCCAACAAGAAAUAUGACUUGACGAAAUGGAAAUAUGCUGAGCUACGAGAUGCCAUCAAUACAUCUUGUGACCUGGAGCUUCUUGACUCCUGUCGGGAAGAGUUCCACCGACGUCUCAAGGUCUAUCAUUCAUGGAAAUCCAAGAACAAGAAGCGCACAGAUAAGGAGGAUCAGCGAGCACCAGAUGGUGUUGUGCAAAAUGCACCACCAUUUUCUAAGGCUGCUGAGAGUACUUCUAUGAAACCAGCGCACCAGGCCAGUUCCCAGGCGAAGAAUGAGCAACGCUACUUCCGGAUCCCCUUCUCCCGUCCGGCAGAUGAGUACAGAGAUGGAGGAGUGGAGAAGAAACAUGGCUACUGGUUUGCCCACUUCGAUGGGCAGUGGAUAGCCAGACAGAUGGAGUGCUACCCAGGCAAACCGCCAGUUCUCUUUGUGGCAGGUGUGGAUGACAUGCAGAUGUGUGAACUCAGCCUGCAGGAAACUGGACUCACCAAUCGGAAGGGAGCAGAAAUUUUGGAGAAUGAGUUUGAAGAGGAGUGGAGCACAUUUGAUGGUGGAGCUAUUCUUAAGAAGAAUUCUCAGAGAGUCUCCUCAAAAUAUCUGCAGAAGAAACUAGGCAUUACUAAAUAGUUAUUUUAAUUAGUUCAGUGCAUAUCAGAUAUAGUGUAUUUAUAACAUGGUGAAUGAGCAUAUUUGUAUAGGAGGCUAGAUUUACAAACAAAUAAACAAUCCUUACUAUCAAGAAAAAUUCAGAUGUGAUUGAUAAAGGUGCUAUGUAUGAAUUUCUACCGAGAUUAGGUGUCAGUGAAAACUUGACUCCAUGAAAUUAAAAUCUCUUACUUCAAUUGUGAUGUCAAGAUUAAGUACUGGUUAAUAAGUUGAGUUCCUGUAAUACAGUUUUAAGAUUUGCCUGUUUAUGUGGUAUGAGGGAGCAUUGGAUGGUUGAGAUACAUUUAUUGGUCAAUUUUAACAUUGAGCUUCUCUUUGAUUUACUGUGCAGUUUUGUUAGAUUAUAUUGAAACCUAGUGAAUUUAAGGUUUUCCACCCUUUGACUGUUUUUGAAACCAGUCUUGAAUAAUGUGAAAAGUUUAGUAUUGUUAGUAGGUGUAAGUGUUGCCUAUAGUAUGUUUUAUUUGUAUUUUGUUGUGUUCAGGUAGAAGGUAGGCUGCUGAUAAGCCCUGUUGUAAUGUCUUGCUUCUGGCAUCAGAAGGGAUUACCAGUUUAAUUCCAGUGCAUGUUGUGAUAAUAAAUGAUUAACUGGAAUGAAGUGAACAAACAAAUGUCUACAUGUUGAGAACAGAUCAUGCAAGUAUAACAUCUAUUCAGUACAGUACUGGUGGCCAACAUAUUGCCGGGUGGUGACCUCACUCUCCCCUUCUUAUGGCUAACAUGUUGAUGGGUGGUGACCUCACUCUCCCCUUCCUGUGGCCAACAUGUUGAUGGGUGGUGACCUCACUCUCCCCUUCUUAUGGCCAACAUGUUGAUGGGUGGUGACCUCACUCUCCCCUUCCUAUGGCCAACGUGUUGAUGGGUGGUGACCUCACUCUCCCCUUCCUGUGGCCACCGUGUUGAUGGGUGGUGACCUCACUCUCCCAUUCCUAACGCCAACAUGUUGAUGGGUGGUGACCUCACUCUCCCCUUCCUGUGGCCAACAUGUUGAUGGGUGGUGACCUCACUCUCCCCUUCCUAUGGCCAACGUGUUGAUGGGUGGUGACCUCACUCUCCCCUUCCUAUGGCCAACGUGUUGAUGGGUGGUGACCUCACUCUCCCCUUCCUAUGGCCAACGUGUUGAUGGGUGGUCACCUCACUCUCCCAUUCCUAUGGCCAACAUGUUGAUGGGUGGUGACAUCACUCUCCCCUUCCUAUGGCCAACGUGUUGAUGGGUGGUGACCUCACUCUCCCCUUCUUAUGGGCAACAUGUUGAUGGGUGGUGACCUCACUCUCCCCUUCCUGUGGCCAACAUGUUGAUGGGUGGUGACCUCACUCUCCCCUUCCUGUGGCCAACAUGUUGAUGGGUGGUGACCUCACUCUCCCCUUCCUGUGGCCAACAUGUUGAUGGGUGGUGACAUCACUCUCCUCUUCCUAUAGCCAACGUGUUGUCAAGGCAGGGGAGGGGUCGGCCUUUGCUUCAUGUUGUCCUGAGAAGAAACAUGUUGCUAGGUAAACUGUUUACAAAUAUUUAUCUUAUCAAGUUGUAGUUUGUUAUGUUAUAUGUUUAUAACUUUUUAUUUAUUGUAUCUUGAAAUGCUGGAUUACAUUGUUGGUUUAUGUUCUACUGUCUCCUCAAAUGAAAAUCCAUCAAGCAUUUUUAUGUUGUGAUUCCACAGUGUUCCCUUCAAGAUGUACUUGCCUGAGUAGCCUCCAUGUGGUGGUUUUCAUGUGAUUAUAGUUCCUAGUAAGAAAUAAUGCAUGGGCAGGGUGUCAACCAACCAAGUACUUGAUGAUGAUGGGCAGAAUUACACCAAUUGCUAUAUGUUUCACCUUAUCUACACACCAUCCUUCUGUUCUGAAUAAUGUCACAUAUUUAUAUUUCAGACCUCUUUUUAUGAUUACACCUACAAUAAGAUAUAUUUUUAGAUAUUUUUUAUGGAUUACAAGUGAUACUGCAAUCAUUCCUGGCACUUGGUGUCUUUCAUGUUUUACUGGAAUACCACAGGUUGUGGGUUAUAUGCAAGCCAGAGGAUAAGUGAACUGCCCUGUCCCAUACAUCCCUCCAUACUCUGUGCUAUGCAGUUGUCUGUACACAGGGAGCAUGUUGACUUGUUAACAGAUUAAUACUUGUUUGUUGAUGUACAAGAGUGAAUAUAAGAAAUGUUACUUAGUAUGUCUGAAGCGAUCCAUGUUUAUUGUUUGUGUUGAUCCAGUAAGACCCUAGUUUUGGCAGACCACUUAGGUCAGUUUCAGGUACUGGUCAUCCAAGAAACGCUCACUUCGAUGGUCUGUGGAUGUGAUCUGGUCAUGUAUGUGUAGACCUUUGUACAAGCACAAAUGGUGUUCUAUAUGAACAUGUAGAUACAGCAACAUGUAUCUCCACAGUCCCUGUGUUCAGCAGUACUCAUCCCCUAAUUUCCUUUCAGGUCAAGUCACAUGAGAGAUGUUUCUGGUAGCUUACCCUUAGGCUAACUGCCUAUAUUUAAUGCAUUCUCUUCCAAAAGGUUAGGGCUUGUUACAGGAUGAAGUGUUCAGAAAUGCAGACCUUAUCCAAAUCCUCUGUUCAUUCCUGUAUCUGUUCGAUCUUUAAAAUGUGUCAUAGUGUUGUAUGAUUUUUAGAAAAGAUUAUUUCAAGAGUUGCAGACCUAAUGAACAGUUUAUGAGUAGAUGAAAUGAUGAAUGCUUUAGGGCAGUGGUCACAUUAAGCUGCAAGCUGACACGAGAUAUCCUCAACAGAUGCUGCUGGUAAUUCCGGCUUUUGGUGUGUCUUCACAUCUGGUCAUGACAAGCUAUCAACCUCUCGUGACAGAUAUAUAUGGCAUGUUGCAUUUUAUUGACGCAGGGAGCUCAAAUGACCAAAUGGUCAGGGUCACAGGUUACAAUCCCACCUUUUUGUUUAUGUUUAACCCCUUUCUUUCUUCAUGGCUUUUGCUGACUCCUACCUACACAUGCCUACUGAUACCCUUGGGUUUAAUGGUAUAUAGCCAAUAGCAUUUGUGGUUGGGGUAAUUCCAGAUUCUGGACACAAAGCUUACUAAUGAAACUGUUCAAGAUGAAACAUGAACCUGUUUGUUGAGCCAGAACAUGUGUAUAACAUGGUCUUGUAUUACUUGGUGUUGAGCCAGCUCUGUGAAUGUAUGCACAAAUUGGUCAUGUCUUCAGCACCAUCACUUAUUGUCAGCCAUGUCACUCAGUCUAUUCUAAGCUUCUCUGUAUUGUGUUGAACGAAUAAAGACAAUUGCCACCA